UUUUUUUUUACUUCUUUCUCUCCUCUCCUCUCCUCCCUACUUCUCCUCCUCCUCCCUACUUCUCCUCUCUUCUUGCUUAUCAGGCGUUGCUUUACAGCACAUUCUUCGACUUGAUAUCACUCCCCUGCUGUUAUAAUACCCUCUUUUUCCUUUUUCUCUUUUAUGCCAUAUCUCAUUACCCACAGCUUUUGAUAAAAUAACAUAAAAUGCAUUCACAAUCCUUCGCUCGCUUGGCGCGAUCUACAUAUUCUACUGUUGGCAGACAAUGCCUCAGCAGACCAUUCUCCCUUACAUCCGCAACGAGGAUCGCUGCAUCUCAGAUCCGUUUCCGGUCCUCAGCUGCCACAGCUGAAGCCGCUGUCCAGCCAAACAUCGCUGCUGUUGACCCAUCCGCAGCUCCACCACUCCAACCUCUCGAGCGUACUCAACCAAAGACAUCUUCAAAACCAGAACAUGAUCAUUCAUUUGUUGGUAUGUCAGGAGGUCAGAUUUUUCAUGAGAUGAUGCUACGACACAAUGUGAAGCACGUCUUCGGAUACCCUGGAGGUGCUAUUCUUCCUGUCUUCGAUGCCAUCUAUAACUCCAAGCACUUUGACUUUAUCCUGCCCAGAGCUGAGCAAGGUGCUGGUCAUGCCGCUGAAGGAUAUGCUCGUGUCACUGGAAAGCCUGGAGUUGUCCUUGUCACCUCAGGUCCUGGUGCCACGAAUGUCAUUACCGCAAUGCAGGAUGCACUUUCGGAUGGAACACCCAUGGUUGUUUUUUCAGGUCAGGUUCCUGUUAGCGCUAUCGGAUCAGACGCUUUCCAGGAGGCCGACGUGGUUGGAAUCUCGCGUGCAUGCACAAAAUGGAACGUCAUGGUCAAAGACAUUGCUGACCUUCCUCGUCGCAUCAAUGAGGCCUUUGAGAUCGCUACCUCGGGACGACCUGGACCCGUCUUGGUUGAUUUGCCCAAGGAUGUCACUGCCGCGAUUGUGAAUAAGCCUAUUCCUGCUGCACCUAGCAUUCCUGCUAAGCCUCCAACUAGCCAGGCUCCCUUUUUCUCUGAUCUUGCCAAAGAUGCAUCUCAGGUCACCUCUCCUCAAAUUCAUCGCGCAGCUCAGUUGAUUAACGCAGCCAAACGCCCGCUGAUCUAUGCCGGCCAGGGUAUUCUUGCUCAUCCCGACGGUCCUGAACGCCUCAGGGAGCUCUCGCACAACGGAAAUAUUCCUGUCACCACCACACUUCAAGGUUUGGGCGCAUUUGAUGAACUGGAUCACCGGUCCCUCCAUAUGGUCGGCAUGCACGGCUCCGCUUAUGCCAAUCUCGCUAUGCAAAAAGCCGAUGUGAUUAUCGCAUUGGGAGCUCGUUUUGAUGACCGUGUUACCGCUAAUGUCCCUCGCUUUGCUCCUGAGGCAAGGAAGGCUGCAGCCGAGAAGCGUGGAGGUAUUAUCCAUUUCGAGAUUUCACCCAAAAACAUCAACAAGGUCGUUCAGGCGACCGAAGCAAUUGAAGGUGAUGUCACAGAGAACCUGACAAAGCUUCUGCCCCUGAUCGAGAGCUCAGAGCGCAAGGAGUGGUUCACAAAGAUUAGUGACUGGAAGAGCCGCUUCCCUUUUUACCAUGUACAGGAUCCUAACGGUAUCCUCUUGCCUCAGACCGUCAUCCAAGAACUCGACAAGCAAACCGCUGAUAUGAAAGAGAAGGUCAUCAUCACAACUGGUGUGGGUCAGCAUCAGAUGUGGGCUGCUCAGUACUUCCGUUGGCGUCAUCCCCGCAGUCUGGUCACCUCUGGAGGUUUGGGCACAAUGGGCUUUGGUCUUCCAGCAGCCAUUGGAGCGAAGGUUGGCAAACCCGAUCAUAUUGUAGUUGAUAUUGAUGGUGAUGCCAGUUUCUGCAUGACCGGAAUGGAGUUGGCUACAGCAGCACAAUACAACAUUGGUGUCAAGGUUUUGAUUCUCAACAAUGAUUUCCAGGGCAUGGUUAAGCAGUGGCAGGAUCUUUUCUACGAGGAGCGCUACUCUGCUACCCGCAUGUUCAACCCUGACUUUGUUAAACUUGCAGAAGCCAUGAACAUCAAGGGUAUCCGCGCCACAUCAAUGCAAGAUCUCCCCGGCGCCAUGGCUGAAUUCCUAGCUCACCCAGGCCCAGUUGUGCUGGAAGCCAAGGUCUGCAAACGCGAACACGUCUUCCCAAUGGCACCAGCUGCCAGCGCUCUACACGAAUUUAUUGUGCACCCUCAUCAAGCCUCAAAUAACAUUACUGUUAACAAUUGGAAACAGAUUACACAAUUGAUUGUUAACCGAGAUCAAUUAGGUUUAGUUACAUCAAACCUCGAAUCUCUCUGCGAACACCAGUAUUAUGUACCAAGAUCUAUUGUCCGAGCCAUAGUUGCAGAUGCAAUCCCUGUGGGUUAUAUUCGUCUUCAACAAGAGGAACAAGAUCAAGCAAGUGAGCCGACCCGAAUAGCAACAGAUCACGGCAAUCAUCUCCGAAUGUUUCGAUUACUCAGCUUUAUGAUUCAUCAAUCAUAUCAAGGACUCGGUUUUGGCACCAAUGCCUUACAAUUGUUACAAAAGGAGUUAUCGUCUCAAUCUCGCGAGGCCCAUGGAAUCAGAAUAUUGACAACCUCGUUUGCAAGUGUUCAUCCUGAAGACUCUCCCGAGCAUUUCUUUUCAGCUUUAGGAUUCCAGAAGAGUCAAAUCCAUGGGCAACCUCUACAAGAAAUGAUCUGGACGUCAAAGAUAUCAGAAGCAUAGAGUGCACAAAAAGAACUCGGCUAUUGAUAUGGUCUGGUCAUGGAUGUGUGGCUUUGAAGCAAUUGAUGAUCAACCAAUAAACCC